AUGCCCGAUCCCUCGAGCUCCGUGAAGCCCAAGUACGUGAAACUAGGUUACCAGUUCCUCGUCAACCACUUCCUUAAUCUCCUUCUGAUUCCAAUCAUAGCAAAAAUCGCCGUAGAGCUUCUCCGAAUGGGUCCCGAAGAGAUCCUCAAUCACUUCAACGCACUCCACUUCGAUCUCCUUCACGUAAUCUGUUCUUCUUUCUUCAUCAUCUUUGUUUCAACCGUUUACUUCAUGUCCAAGCCACGCACCGUCUACCUUGUAGACUACUCUUGCUACAAACCUCCCGUCACGUGUCGUGUCCCGUUCGCAACGUUCAUGGAACACUCUCGUCUCAUCCUCAAAGACAAUCCCAAGAGCGUCGAGUUCCAAAUGAGAAUGCUCGAACGGUCAGGUCUAGGCGAAGAGACUUGUCUACCUCCAGCUAUUCAUUACAUCCCUCCAACUCCAACCAUGGAAUCCGCAAGAAGCGAAGCCCAAGUGGUUAUCUUCACCGCCAUGGAUGAUCUCUUCAAGAAAACAGGUCUUAAACCUAAAGACAUAGACAUACUCGUCGUUAACUGCUCUUUGUUCUCACCAACGCCUUCUCUGUCCGCCAUGAUUAUCAACAAGUACAAACUCAGGAGUAACAUCAGAAGCUUUAACCUCUCCGGGAUGGGAUGUAGCGCCGGUCUUAUCUCCGUCGAUGUAGCACGUGACUUGUUACAAGUCCACCCUAACUCCAACGCAGUCAUAGUUAGCACUGAGAUCAUUACUCCUAACUACUACCAGGGGAAAGAGAGAGCUAUGUUGCUCCCUAACUGCCUCUUCCGCAUGGGCUCCGCCGCCAUUCUCCUCUCUAACCGGAGAUCUGACGGCUGGCGAGCUAAGUAUAAGCUCAGCCACCUUGUCAGGACCCACAAGGGUGCGGAAGACAAGUCUUACAAUUGCGUUUACCAGCAGGAAGACAAUGAAGGCCACGUCGGUAUCAAUUUGAAUAAAGAUCUCAUGGCCAUUGCCGGAGAAGCCUUAAAGUCUAACAUCACCACCAUAGGUCCUUUGGUCCUACCGGCAUCAGAGCAGCUUCUUUUCCUCUCAUCUCUGAUCGGACGUAAAAUCUUUAACCCCAAAUGGAAGCCGUACAUACCGGAUUUCAAGAUGGCCUUCGAGCAUUUCUGCAUCCACGCAGGAGGAAGAGCUGUGAUAGACGAGCUGCAGAAGAGUCUAGAGCUGUCGGGAGAACACGUGGAGGCUUCAAGAAUGACGUUGCAUAGGUUUGGUAACACGUCGUCCUCUUCGUUGUGGUAUGAGCUUAGCUACAUAGAAGCCAAAGGGAGGAUGAAGAGAGGAGAUAGGGUUUGGCAGAUCGCGUUUGGGAGUGGGUUUAAGUGUAAUUCCGCCGUUUGGAAAUGUAACCGUACGAUCAAGGCACCAACGGAAGGAGCAUGGUCGGAUUGUAUCGACCGCUACCCUGUCUUUAUCCCUGAAGUUGUCAAACUAUAA